AUGGCGCGCUGUGAGCGGUUACGCGGCGCGGCCCUGCGCGACGUGCUGGGCCGGGCGCAGGGGGUCCUGUUUGACUGCGACGGCGUGCUGUGGAACGGCGAGUGCGUCGUGGCCGGCGCCCCGGAGCUGCUGGAGCGGCUGGCGCGGGCCGAGAAGGAGGCGCUAUUCGUGAGCAACAACAGCCGGCGCGCGCGGCCCGAGCUGGCCCUGCGCUUCGCGCGCCUCGGCUUCAGGGGGCUGCGCGCUGAGCAGCUCUUCAGCUCCGCGCUGUGCGCCGCGCGCCUGCUGCGCCAGCGCCUGUGCGCCGCGCCCGGCGCCGUGUUCGUGCUUGGCGGCGAGGGGCUGCGAGCCGAGCUGCGCGCCGCGGGGCUGCGCGUGGCCGGGGACCCCGGCGAGGACCCGCGCGUGCGCGCCGUGCUAGUGGGCUACGACGAGCACUUCUCCUUUGCCAAGCUGAGCGAGGCGUGCGCGCACCUGCGUGACCCCGACUGCCUGCUCGUGGCCACUGACCGCGACCCGUGGCACCCGCUCAGUGAUGGCAGCCGAACCCCCGGGACCGGAAGCCUGGCCGCUGCAGUGGAGACGGCUUCGGGGCGCCAGGCCGUGGUGGUGGGCAAGCCCAGCCCGUACAUGUUCGAAUGCAUCACAGAGCACUUCCCCGUGGACCCCGCCCGCAUGCUCAUGGUGGGCGACCGCCUGGAGACUGACAUCCUCUUCGGCCACCGCUGCGGCAUGACCACAGUGCUCACGCUCACCGGGGUCUCCCGCCUGGAGGAGGCCCAGGCCCAUCUGGCAGCCGGCCAGCUCGACCUGGUGCCCCAUUACUACGUGGAGACCAUUGCAGACUUGAUGGAGGGGUUGGAGGACUGA